UUGCUUCUACCCAUCGCCCUUGCCUUCACCCUUGCUAUUCUUUGGAAGCUUGCCUGUGCAUAGCUAGUCGCGUGUGAUUUGAUAAUUUUAGACUGUUAAUCUGUUUAGGGCUGCUAGAUUGAGUACGACGCAUAUCUGGGACGUGAACUAGGUUGUUGACGACCAACUAUGCGGCACGCUCUGCUCCUGGCUCUUGUCUUAGGGCUUGCGACAGCAACGUUGUCGCAGAGCCCUUAUGACACGUUCCGUCUGUUCGACCGCUACCCCAACACUCCUAACUACGCUAUUCCCAUGUGCUGCCCUACCCAUCCGUCCGCCUACUGCGAUUUUUACUUCGACGGCUUCCAGAACUCCGUGCCGUCGUUUCACAUCAAGGACGACAUCAAGGGCGAUCACGCCGUGCUCACCAUCACUCGAGAGCAGGUGCACUGGGUGGGCAGCAUGGACUACUUCGCUCCCGGGAUCCGUGACUACAAGUCCAACGGCCUGAUUGCUGCCGACUCUACCAACGGCACGUAUCUGCAGUGCCCCCAACGCCUGCCCCCCGACGAGCAUCCCGGUGACCAGUUUUACUUGAACCAGCGCGAGGACGCCAUCGCGCACGUCUACGUGCGAAACUGGAAGCCGCAGUCUCAGUGGCAUCACGGCAUCGACUGGUUUAACGACAGGUGCAUCCUGUUGCCCUUCACGCACGCCGCGAUCCCCGGUCCGCAGGGUCCAGUCAACUUGAAUAUUGCCGACAACAGUACUGACUAUCCCGAGGAGCGGCGCUGCGUUGUCUUCCGCACCCGCUCGUGAGGGCAGGUAGUGCUAGCGCAAGGGGGUAGGCGGUAGCGGCGACGGUGGUGGACGCUGGAUUGCGACGACGCAGCAGACGCGGAGAGACGCUGCAAAUUUCCUCGCAACGGCAGCUCUGGCCGUUUUCCACCGCCGACCCGGCGCCGUGUCGCUCCCUUGGCGGCAGAAGCGCUGUGCGGAUUGGUGAAUGCCUUCCCUUCAUGCGGAAAAAUGGCCGUGUCUGGAUAGCCACCGUCAGAUUUCCGCAGUCUCUCUGGCCGUGCAUCUUGUUAAUGUCUUCCUGUCCAUUAUAAACUUAGAAUGAUUGGUAGAUAAUGAUUGGGGUUAUCUCCUUGAUCGUAUUGGCAUAUGUACGUUUAAUGUGCCUACAAUAUGUUUGUCCAAUAUGUGGUGCUUGUGAGUCAAGGUAAGGAGACUAUUG